AUGACACCGCUUUCUAGGAGCAGUGAAUGUUCUCUUUCCUUUUCCGGCCGUGGAAGCUCGAGUGGCGCUGGCUGUGCUAGUUUCUUGCCGCCUCCACCUCCACCCCCUACUUCUAUGGCCUGCACCUAUUCAUCUCUUCCACACACAUCGCUUCCAACACCACCACCGCAUUCUAUAGCUUUGCUUCACUCUGCCCAAUGUCUUACUCCGCCGCCUCCGAUUCCACCUCAUGCCGGACUUUCAGUGACCUCCGUUACUCAGCCUGGCCAUCACUUGCUCCGAAAUGCCUCUCCUGGACCUAAAAUUUCACUGUCUCCUCCCGAGCCACUACAACACUUCAGUCAGGAUUUCGAUGCAUCUAGACGUGUCAUUAGUGAGGCCUCAGGUUGCUGUAGCAAUCUUCUGCAUCAGCAGCACCAAUAUCAGAAUAAUGCAAAGCAUUGUCCUCAUCCACAAUCUAGCCAAAACAAAAUAUCUUCUGAGUUCUUGAUGCAGUCGCAUCAGCUUCAAUGCCAACCGCAGCAGCAUUCGCAUCAUCUGCCUGACGGAAUGUUUCCUCACCACCAGCACCAGCCUGUUGUAAAGUCGACGACCGAAUCUAUGGCAUCUUUUGUAGCAGACGAUUAUCAUUCCGAAGAACCCGUCUCGACUAUCGAAGUGAUGGAAGUGGCAAGUGGAGAUGGCAUGAGUACUAGCUUAUAUCGUAAUGGCGAAGAUGAGGAAGUUGUUGGCACAUUGACUACCUCGAUAUCGGCUUUUGCCUCGCUAGGGGAUCCUGGUUCUGGGACUACUGAUGGCCUCGAUAUCGUCAGCUACCCAAGUGAUGAUUUGAGCCUUAUGAUGAAUACCAUAAAGGGCACACGUAGCAAUUCUGCUGCCGCUACCGUUUGUUUACAUUUCGCUGACAGUAUUACCACCGCUCAAUCGCAUAUUCCAUAUCGUCUUGUGACCUCAUCUCGGACUCCGGAAGCAGCAAAUCUUUUCUCUUCUAUUAAUGACAUUGCAUUAAAUCAUCGGCCCUUCGGUAGUGAAGAAAAUCACACGGAAGCUGACCCUUCAUUCUCUCAAAUUGUCGUUAUGCGUCCUGAUCGAGCCGAAGCAGCAGUUUCUAAUGUUGUUGCUGAAAAUCAGUCUCCUUCGCAACCAGAAACUAUGGGACAAGAACUUAUAUUUCGUAAUGAGGGAGUUGAAGAAGAGCAAGAAAUGGAUGAAGAUAGUGAAGACGAGGAUAAUGAAGAAGAUGAUCUAGUUGAAGUAGAGCUAGAAGUGGAGACAAGUGAAGAUGAAGCUGAGCACCAACCACAAGAAUCUAUUGGCUUACCCGUAGAGACGGCAUCCUCUACUUUAGUUGAUGUACAGGUACGAAUAAUUAAUUGGUGCGCGAAUAUAAUAGGAGUAAUGGGAUUAUAG